AUGGCCUUUCCCGAGGUUCCCGCCAAACUACCAUACGAAUCCUUGAAAUCGCUCCUGCUCAACCACGUGCUGCCUACUAAAUUCCAAGCCCACGAACGUGCUAAAUUCAUUUCCAUGAUCCGUGCUGACUACAUGUCUUGCCGUGAUUUCAUCCUGCAGGUAAACCGACGGGCAUCAAGCUGCAACUACGGCGAUCUUUUGGAAGAACAGAUGUGUGAUCGUUUGGUAGCGGGCAUGCAAAAUCUCACUCUGCAACGCAAGUUACUGGAGAAAAAGGAUUUAACUUUUGCUGAAGCCCGGAAAAUUUGUGAACAGCAUGAUGACUUGAUGGAGGCUACUGCCAGCGAAGCUGUCACAUUAUUCCAACGGCAGAAGACUCCACCGAAUCGACCUUCAACGGCCAAACGUGCACCAAAGCCGCAAAAAGAUUCCCCACAUAAUGAAAAAAAAUCAAUCCAUGUUUGUCUCGUGGAGCUCACCACCUACGCUUCAAUUGCCGCUUUCGUAAUGCCAAAUGUCAUUGUUGCGGAAAGAUUGGCCACAUUCGGAGAGUAUGUAAACAAACUCGUUGCAAUCCUACACAGCCAAAUGCUUCAAAUGACACACACCAUGUGCUCUCUCUACGUUCUGAAGGCCCAGCCACCCAAUGUCUGUACCGAGAUGUGA